ACUUAGGGCGCUUUUAGUGUCACGCGGAUUUGCUCACGCACGCGGGAUUGGACCGCAUGCGUAAAAUUUCACGCUGCGGAUCAUACGCAGCAUGAGUUUCAGUUUUCUACGGGCUGCGUAACGGUAUAGACGUGUUCAAAAAUGAUCAAUGUCAGAAGAAUAUGUGUCGCUUACAUACUUUACAAACGACGAAACAAGAAGACAAGAGUACAUGUUGAUCCCUUUCUUGAAAAUAGGCUUCUUGCUGGGGCGUUUGUUACACGCUUUGGAAAACUACAAAAUAAUGAACGUAAAUUUAAAAAUUACUUUCGAAUGUCCAUUCGUUCUUUUGAUGAACUGUUGUGUAAAAUUGAGAAUAAGCUACAAAAAAGCAGUUUACGAAGGAUUACAAUACAACCGAUUGAGAGGCUCGCUAUUACAUUAAGAUAUUUGGCAACUGGUAAUACAUUCACUGAUCUACACUAUUCCUAUGUGAUUGGAAUUGCAACAAUUAGCGAAAUAGUAAGACAAGUUUGUUACAUAAUAUGGAUUGAACUAAAGUCUGAAUGUAUUCCACAGCUUAAUGGGAUCAAAUGGAAAGAAAUCGCAGAGGGAUUUCUCACAUAUACAAAUUUUCCUAAUUGCUUGGGUGCAAUUGAUGGAAAACAUAUAAGAGUGAUUCGGCCGCCGCACAGUGGAUCACUAUAUUUUAAUUAUAAGAAAUAUUAUUCUGUAGUGCUCCUCGCAAUGUGUGAUGCUGAUUAUAAUUUUACAUAUAUUAAUGUCGGUACCAGUGGAAGCAACGCCGAUUCAACCAUCUUUAGAAGGAGUCAAUUGUAUACGAAACUGGAAAGUAACACGUUGGGUAUCCCUGACCCGCAAGAGUUGCCUAUUAUUUGCCCCGAAGUAGCUUAUCCAUCUAGUGUAAGAGCAAAGUUGCCGUUCGUGAUAGUGGGAGACGAGGCAUUUGGUUUAUCAUCACAUGUGAUGCGGCCUUAUGCUCGUGAUAAUUUACCUUACAAAAAGAAAAUAUUUAAUUACCGUCUGUCCAGAGCUAGAAGGUACAUAGAAUGCACUUUUGGAAUUAUGUCAAAUAAAUUUAGAAUAUUUCACAGAUCCAUGAAUGUCAAGUUAGAUCUAGCACAAUUAAUAGUCAAGACGGCAUGUGUACUUCACAAUUUCAUAAGGAAACGGGAUGGCUACAAGGUCAGCCAUACAUUUGUCACAAAUGGUUUUACGGGACCACUACCCAGGCAGCAGACUGAAAGUAGUAAUACGUCGGCAAGUAAUAUCAGAGAUAUAUUUGCAGAUUACUUUAUCAAUGAAGGAAAAGUCUCCUGGCAACACCGAUAUAUAAUUAAUUAACUAAACUCAAAAGGUUUUAGAAGGUUUUUGAUGUUAUUUGUGAAUUAAAUAAUUAUGCUUAUAUUAAUAAAGUAAUGAUGCUUGUAUAAAUAAAAUAAUGAACCAAACACAUACCCGCCU